AUGAAUAGAGGUUUUUGUUGUAGGCCUAACACCCUCUUCUCUACCACCGUGCAUUCAACAUCAUCCUCCUGGAUUAUGAUGUCCUUCUUCAACACCUUGAUUGCAUACACCUCGUCGGUGUUCCUGUGCUCUGCCAAACUAACCCGUGGACAUCAAAUGGAAUCGGUACUCAAGGCCAGUGUUUUGAUAGUCUAUUCCGGACCGACGUCUACUACAGCAGAAAGGUCACCUACCUCUGGACGCCUCAUUGUCCAAGAACCUAAAGAAACCUCUGCUUUACCUCGAGAUUACCAAACAGUGUCAUUCUAUGUGUUUCAAAUGGUCAUCAUGCGUUCCAUCCUCUUUCCCCCUGUACGUGAUCAACGCAAGUGA